CAAAACCGUGCAGAAGACUCAGACCCCCCCCCAUUUCAACAGGCUGAUAUAACUUAGUUUCAUCAUCAUACAAAGUAACAGGUUAGAUUGUAGCUGAUUUUUGCACAUCUCCUGUCCAAUAAAGGACACAUUGCAGAACACUCAAUGGAGAAUAAUGCAAUCAUGGAACAAACUGAGGAGCUAAAUGAGGAGGAAGAAAAUCAGUCCCAGAGUUUGAUUAAGGCUGAUGAUUUAAUGCCAGAAAUUGGUGUGUUUCCCACAGCUUUAUCUGAGGAACAACUGGAAGCAGCUACAGAGAAAGCCCGACAAAAUUUCUUUGGAUCCAGUGGGAUUUUUCAUCUGGAUGAUAUUGUUGUGAAAAACGAUACACUUUCAGUCAUAAUAAACGAUCGGGCUAAAGAACACUGGGUGAAAGGAAACCAUUUUCUUCACAUUGGGAAACUGGAGGAAGCUGUGUUUUCAUUUAGUAAAGCGAUUGCUCUAAACCCUCAGAUGAAAGAAUUUUAUUUGGGAAGGGCUGAGGCAUAUCUCCAAAUUGGAGACUUCCAGUCUUGUAUUGUCAACUACAGAAUGGCCAGUUCUUUGGAUCCCUCAGAUGAAGACUUGCGAUCACAGAUAGCACUCACUUUGUACAUCCAGGGUCAAAGUCUUUUUGAAAUGAAGUUAUACAUGGAUGCCUUAGAGGCUUUUGUGCAAGCUUCAGAGAUGCAACUUGAAAAUCUUCAUUACCACAUGCGGAGUGUUGAGGCCUUGAUUGCAUUGGGAAGACUUGAAGAUGCUGUUCAAUUGGUCAAUGAACAACUUGAGCAUGUAAAGUCCAAUCCCGAGCUCUAUAUUCUUCGCGCGAGGCUGCAUGAUCACUUUUGCCAAAUAGCUAAUUGUUAUCAAGAUGUUAGUAGUGCCCUGGCUUUGGAUCCGAAUCAUCAGGAGGCAUUAUCACUAAUGGCUACUCUGGUGAGUAGAGCGGAAGAAGCAAAGGCACGAGCGAUUAAUAAAUCUCUGAUCGGCAACUUAAAGAGUGCUCUGGACAACAUCAAUGAAGCUAUCAACAAUAACCCCAAUAAAGCAGACUAUUUUGUCUUCAGGGGAACCCUGUAUAGGAAACUCAAGAAUUUUAAUGCAGCUAUUGACGACUACCUCUUCGUCUUGGAUAAAGUAAGCGCGACAGAGAGUGACACCUACCUGGACACUCAGAAACAACUCCUUCUAACAUACAAUGACUUUGCAGUGCACUGCUACCACAAAGGGUUUAUCGAGGAGGCGAUUAUUCUCUUAAACCAGAGUAUUAGGGGAGAAAAGCAGCAAAAAGGGCUGUAUAUUAACCGAGGAGAUUGUUUCCUCAAGCAGUGUAACCUGGACUUUGCACUAUUGGACUAUGAGCAAGCUUAUGAGCUGGACCCCGAGGACUGGCGUGUAAAAAUCCGCAUCGCUGCACUAAACAAUGAGAAAGGCCUAAUGGAACAUCAGAACGGGAACUAUCAGCAGGCCGAGCAGCAAUUUACCAGUGCCAUUGAGAGCAAUCCACAGGUGUCCCAGUACUACCUUCAUAGGGCAAAAACACGAGCAAAUCUGCAGCAAAUGUCUGGUUCCCAGGAAGAUGCAAUCAUCUCAUUGCUGUUGGAUGUAAGAAAUAAAGAGGUUAUUCCACUUUUAACACACCUCUUCCCUGGAAAAUCCAGAGAUGAGAUUUUAGCCAGUAAAAUUGUAGCAUCUGCAAGAGCAAAGCUAAAUGCUAGCCUCCAUUCCUCUGCAUCUUCUGCCACGAAGAAGCUUCAGGAAAGAGGGAUCCUCACAACAAAUCAAGCCCGUGAAAAUGUAGACAGAAACAAAGCUGUGCAGAAGGCAGAAUGCGAUUUUGCACCAUGUAUAAAAGAAGCAGAUUUGUAUAAAGAAAUUGUAGCGAGAAAGAAAAUGCUCACUCAAGAAAUCAGAGACUCUCUUCAUUACAGGAAGCCCCUACUGAUUGACAGACCAAACAUUAGUAUGAUUUUAAAACCGCUAGCUAACCCCAACCAAAGUUCAGAAGCUGCAUCACCCAACAAGCCGUGCAUGUGGAAGAGAUCUACAGACACCAACUAAGCAAUUCAAGUAACCCUUCAACGCUUCUUCAGUCAAUUCAACCGAUUUAUCUAAUAAAACUACAAUGCUAAUGUUUGCAAAUACACUGCAGUUAAAUAGAUAUUUAAACCUCAAGUAUGAUUGUACUGAAUUAUAGUGUGCACAGUACUAGAACUGGUAACGAAAUGCUUUAUAGUUGAUUUUUAUGACAGAAAACCACUAGUAGAGUUGAAUAAUAUUUACCUAGCAGCAUUUGUUAACUCAGUCAAAGGCAACUCAUCAGCAUAUAUAAAUGCAUGAAAACAAGACCGGUUUACAUGCAUCUCCACUGCCAGACUGGUGUGGAAUGUGAGAUGUGUAUCGCCAUUUUUUUUGCUCAUAUUAAAAGUGCUAUAUAAAUGCAAAUUA